UCUGGGAGGCCAAGUCUUACCUCGUCCUCCUGGGUGUUCCUGAGGGUCAUUGGAAACAGCCAAUACAAACCUGCGGUCUCCCCGCUGGAAAUCUUUAUUGUCAUGGUGACGGAUACAUUCCCGGGCGGCCCGAUUGGUCGGAUAUAUGCAACCGACCGUGAUCCCAAUGACGCUCUGUCGUUUACCCAGAAGCCUCAGCCCAAGAGCAUGUUUCUGAUCAGCAGGCAGGAAGGCAGCAUCGUGGCUCUGCCGGGCCUGGAACCUGGCAGAUACCAGAUGAACGCCACAGUGAGUGAUGGACGCUUCGCUGUGAUUGCCGAUGUGUCAGUCCAGGUUGAGCAGGUGACAGAUGUGCUGCUGCGUAGCGCCCUGACCUUACGCUUCAGCUCCCUGUCCCCGGAGGACCUGAUUGGUCGUUACCUGAGCCAGAUCAAGCUCAUGUUACGUGGACUAUCUGGCUGGAAGUGGUCGCCAGGACAGCAGGACCCCCUCCAUGUACUCGGCGUGCAGCCGGUGAUGGGGACGCCUGACGUGGACUUGCUCCUGGCUAUGGAGCGGCCCGAGACAUCAGGGAUCGGACGGAUGGGUGGGUUCUACUCCCAGCAAGAGUUGUCUGCAAAGCUGGAGGACGCAGCUGUGCGGGGACAGAUCGGAGGCGUCCUAGCUGGGGCGGUGGCGGUGAGCAGCGCCUGCUCUGGGGAGCUGGAGUGUGGGGACAGGGUGUGUGAGCAGAUGCUGGUGAUGGAGAGCGGGUCGCCGGUGACCUACAGCACAGAGAGGGUCAGUCUGGUGUCACCAAGUUUCAGCCGCACAGACACCUGCACCUGCCCUGAAGGAACAUGCCCCACCCCCGUGGAGCUGUGUGAAGGUCAGUCCUGUCCGGCAGACAUGCAGUGUGUCCGCUCUGGUCCUACAGCGCCAUCUGUCUGCCAGUGUCAGCCCGAGAGACUGGACGAGUGUGCAGGACAAACCUCCCUGAGCUUCUCUGGAAACAGUUACAUCAAGUACAGAGUGACAGAGAGCGUCCAGAGUGGAGAGAUGAGGCUCAGCCUGAGGAUCAGGACGCUUCAGAGGAGAGGAGUCAUUAUGUUCACCCGGGUUAACCCCUGCACCAUGCUCAAGAUUGAAGGGGGUCGACUCUGGUUCCAGCUGGACUGUGACAACACCCUUGGCAUUAUGGGUAUCUCUGGCAGACCAAUAAACGACGGCCUCUGGCACGCUGUUGCCUUGGAACUGACUAGGAACUACACCCUCCUGUCGCUGGAUGACAGCUAUGUGGAGCGCCGCCGAGCAGCCCGAGCACCUGUUCGGCUUUGGCCUCUGGCCCCGGACUCGUCCUUUUUCUUCGGGGCCCAAGUGAGGCCACCGACUGGGCAAGCACUUGGAGCGAGGGGCACGCCGAGAGCCCAGGACGGCUUCCAGGGCUGCCUGGGCUCUCUAAUGCUGAACGGUAACGAGCUGCCGCUGCAGAAUAAGAGGAGCCGCUAUGCCGAGAUCGCCGGUCUGAGUGAGGUCAAGCUGGGCUGCGUGCUUUACCCAGAUCCAUGCGUCAGUCAGCCCUGCCUCAACGGAGCCAUCUGCAGCAGCCUGCCCUCUGGAGGCUUCAUGUGCAGUUGCAGCGCAGGCUUCACUGGGGGGCGCUGUGAAAUUGAGUUGACAUCCUGCAUGCCAAAUCCCUGCCAGAACGGUGGAGACUGCAGGCCUGUUGGCGGUGCAUUCCUCUGUGGUUGUCCUCGAGGACUCGGGGGACUUAUAUGUGACAAGGACAUUGACGAGUGCGACCAGGACGAGUGCGAGAACGGAGGCGAGUGCGUAAACACUUUUGGGUCGUUCUACUGUAACUGCUCCGAGGGGCAGUUUUGCGACGACCAGACGCUGGAUGAUGUGGGGGACGACACGCAGGCAGAGCCGCUGUCUUACGUCGGACCAGGAGAGAUAAUUGGCAUCGGGGUCCUAGUCUUCGUCAUCAUCCUCCUCCUCAUACUCUUCAUCGCUUUCAGGAAAAAAAUCAAAUUCCGUAAAGACUCAGACGUGGACCCAGGGACUCAAUCUGUGAUGGGCGUCUCGGCCAUCUCCACAGAAACCAGCUACAUGCUGCACAAGACUGGCAUGGGGGCCGAAGGGAUUGAGUUUAAAGCCGUGCGUUUGUCGGGGUCACCGGCGACCACGAGCGUCUACGGGGAGGUGGGCGGCAGCACGGGGGGCCCUCCUCAGGUCAUGGUGCGUCCCAACGCCCACUCUCCACUGCCGGGGGGUCUCAGCAGCCAGGGCAUGAGGAGCGGAGACGGUGACAGGACCAGUGAGGGGAGUCAG